AUGGGUCACGCCUUGAUAAUUGGUGGAGGAGGAGGAAUAGGCGGAGCGUGCUGCCUUGGCCUGGCACGCCAUGGUGUUACGGGCAUGGUUGUUGCUGACUGCGACCUCGAGGCCGCCUCGAGGGUCGCAGCAGAGAGCAAAGCCGCCUCUACAGAUCCUGCAUUUAAAGCCGAGUCCAUUGAGGUCGAUGUCACGGCCGAAGAGUCCGUUGCUCGAGCGGUUUCCAAGGCCCAGCAGAUACUUGGUCGGAUAGACUGCUGUAUUAUUGCCGCUGGCAUCGGUGCGCUAGGAGCUGUGGAAAUUUCGCAGAUGGAAGCGGCAGAGUUCACUCGCUUUUUGCAUGUAAACGUCACCGGUACGUUCCUGUCGCUAAAGCAUGUCUCAGCCGCUAUGAAAGAGCAGGAAGCGAGAAGCGUCUCCGAGGCCUCGCCGGGCAGAGGAGUCACCCGGGGCGUUAUAGUCAACAUCGCUUCGGCAACUUCGCACGUGGCUCAGCCGGGUAUUGCGCAGUAUGUAACCUCAAAACAUGCUGUAUUGGGUUUGACCAAGACUGCCGCUCUGGACAACGUCAAGCACGGAAUCCGAAUUAACUGUGUUUGCCCUACGUGGGUGGACACGCCAAUGGUACGAGCCGCUAUGGAAGGGAUCCCAGAACUCCGCAACCUCAUCACCAAUUCCGUGCCUAUGGGCCGUAUAGCGUUGAAGGAGGAAUUGGCCGAUAUAGUGACGUUUCUUGCUGGCCCGGGGUCAAGCUACAUGACGGGCGAAAGCAUAAUAAUGGAUGGAGGUGCAACGUUGACAAUGCAGCACUAA